AUGGAUAUCAUUGGCCUUGACGAUGGCAUUUUCAAGCGGGAUGUUGGUGGUGAUAUCUACCUGUCUUCACGGGGAACUCAAGGCUUGGUGGUAAGCGUUGUAUUCACAUCAUUGGCUACAGCUUUCGUGGGGAUUCGAAUCUAUACCAGACUCAAGUUCUUGCGAACCUUAGAAGCCAAUGACUGGAUGGUGAUCAUCGCAUUGGUCAACUCGUUCGUCUUCAUGGGACUCGACAUUGUCGAGGCUACCAGCGGGAUGGGAAUGCAUCUCAAGGAUAUCCCUCCUCAUAUUCUCGUGAGACAGUUAAAGGCAUUCUGGCUCACUAUUCCCUUCUAUAAUGCCGCCGUCCUCUGCGCGAAAGCCUCGAUCCUCAUGCAAUAUUUCCGAGUAUUCCCCACAAAGCGCAUGCGUCUUAUCUGCUGGAUCAUGAUAACAAUUUUGGCUCUCUAUGGUACCUGGGCUGUGAUCAGUGCAUUUUUGAAUUGUAUUCCAGUUGCUAAAUUCUGGGAUCCUACUAUCGAGGGGUUCUGCUUGAACAAACCUGCAUUGUGGUUCUCCAAUGCUGCCAUGCAUAUCACCACUGAUAUAGCAAUUCUUAUUAUCCCGAUCCCUGCCCUGGCAUCGAUUGAUGUUCCUAGGAGGCAAAAAAUCGCAUUGAUGCUGAUGUUUGCCCUGGGUGGAUUCGUGUGCAUCACGAGCAUCGUUCGUCUCGUCAGUCUCAAAAAGAUAUCCGAUUCCCUGGAUCCUACCUAUGAUAAUGUGGGCGCCGCAUCUUGGUCCGCCAUAGAGUGCAAUACCGGUAUCAUCUGCGCUUGUCUUCCGACUCUAAAACCACUCAUUUCCAAAAUCAUCCCUGGCUUGAUCUCAACCCUCAGUGGAAACCGCUACGGCACAGGCCAGUCGACAACUCGCCGCGGCACCUGGAACGAUCAGUCGACUAUCGGUGCACCCGUCGAAGACCCUGAGUACGGAUCGGGCGAUCCAGAGCGUGUUUUGUCGUUCGGCCCUAGUGGAGGGUUGAAGUAUGGAGAAGCCGUGGGAGCCAAGGACGACAAGCUCCAGGUGAUUGAUCCAUCUGUUAUCAACGAGCUUUCGGAGCUCCGCCACCAACAAACACCAUCCAUCGAGUCAAUUCCUUUGAAAUAA